AAAAUGCCAAUGGGAAGUUUUAAGUAAAAGAUACCCCCGCACUGUCUUGUAACUAAUAACAUUAAAGACAAAAUCAAGUUUGAUUUUUGGGGGGUUAUCCUAGGUAAUCUACACAAAUGCUGCUAUGUGUGAUAAUUUAUAUAACUGUAUUAUGUGUACCUGUACUUAAAUAAACUUAGUUAUUAGUUCUAGGUUAAGAUUAAAUAAAUACUAAAGGGCACACACGGUUCUAGGGCCGUAUGUGCCCUUCAAUUACACAAUAUUUAUUUUUAUGAACAUUCUACGCCUUAAUAAUAUACAGUGUACUCUCCUAUAUGUAGUUGCAGGGGUUGAUGCACAGCUCAUGUACUUGAGUGAGUGAGAGUGAAGUAAGGAAGCAGUCUUCAUGGUAGAGUGGGACAAUGAAGAUACAGUUUGGAGACAAAGGGGAAGUAUCGUGGGAUGUGCUGUUGGAGGCACUUGACAAGGAACAGUACCUUGAUCAGAGGCACCAACAGGAAAACUGUUGCAGAAAAUGCUUAAGGAAUUUUCAAUACAGGUGCUGUGGAGGUUCAUGGUAUCACUUGUGUUUUGAGAGUGGCCCCGAUCCCCGUCCCCUUAAUGGCAACAUAACUUUGGACCUGAAUUGUCUUGUAACAGAGACUGCAAAUGCACCCAUUUCAGCAGAUUUUGAGGUGGAACGUCGCAUUUUUUGGCUGUGGGUGAAGAUACCUUGUCUCGAUGGUUUGGGAUCCUGCCAUUAUAAUGAUGUGUGUGAGGUAAUACCAUUUCCUCCAUCUGAACCAUGCCCUGAUCCAUUCCCAAGAUUCAAACUUCCAUGUCGUUGUCCUGCUUUAAAGGGCCAUUACAUUGUGAAGAAUAGUACAUUCAGUGUUCCAGGUAUUGUGAGUUAUUUACCUUCUUGGCUGAUCUCUGGUGACUACUAUGUUCAUGGAGUAGCAUACAAAAAUAGCACCAGGCUUGGCUGCUAUUCUGUUUAUGCCUCAGUUUCCUAUUAGAGUUCACAUAUAAGCUUUCAAGUUUUCAUAUGGUUAAACCUCUUCAUAACAUUUUAAUUUAGGUUUUUCAUAUCUUAAUAUGUAAUCUAAAAAUGAAAAAAUAUGAUUUGCAUUUAAAUAUUAUAACUGUACUCAUCAUUAGGAAGAUAGAAAGAUAAUUAAGAUUAUCAUAAGAAAAUUACUGAUUGUGUUGAUAACUCAUUCCAGUUGCAUGGCACACACAAAUGACAUGACAUGUGUAUAGGAAUUACCUAUACACAUAAGGGUAUAAAAGUGCAGCAUAUUAUCCGAGCAUGUAUGUGCUAGAGUAUCUUAACAAAAAGACCCUUUAAGGCAGUUGCUUAAUUUUUAAUGCUGUGUAUUAUUAUUUUUUUUUUUUAUUAUCACACUUGCCGAUUCCCACCAAGGCAGGGUGGCCCAAAAAAGAAAAACUUUCACCAUCAUUCACUCCAUCACUGUCUUGCCAGAAGGGUGCUUUACACUACAGUUUUUAAACUGCAACAUUAACACCCCUCCUUCAGAGUGCAAGCAUUGUACUUCCCAUCUCCAGGACUCAAGUCCGGCCUGCUGGCUUCCCUGAACCCCUUCAUAAAUGUUACUUUGCUCACACUCCAACAGCAUGUCAAGUAUUAAAAACCAUUUGUCUCCAUUCACUCCUAUCAAACACACUCAUGCAUGCCUGCUGGAAGUCCAAGCCCCUCGCACACAAAACUUCCUUUACCCCCUCCCUCCAACCUUUCCUAGGCCGACCCCUACCCCGCCUUCCUUCCACUACAGACUGAUACACUCUUGAAGUCACUCUGUUUCGCUCCAUUCUCUCUACAUGUCCGAACCACCUCAACAACUCUUCCUCAGCCCUCUGGACAACAGUUUUGGUAAUCCUGCACCUCCUCCUAACUUCCAAACUACGAAUUCUCUGCAUUAUAUUCACACCACACAUUGCCCUCAGACAUGACAUCUCCACUGCCUCCAGCCUUCUCCUCGCUACAACAUUCAUCACCCAUGCUUCACACCCAUAUAAGAGCUUUGGUAAAACUAUACUCUCAUACAUUCCCCUCUUUGCCUCCAAGGACAAAGUUCUUUGUCUCCACAGACUCCUAAGUGCACCACUCACACCCUUUUCCCCUCAUCAAUUCUAUGAUUCACCUCAUCUUUCAUAGACCCAUCCGCUGACACGUCCACUCCCAAAUAUCUAAAUACGUUCACCUCCUCCAUACUCUCUCCCUCCAAUCUGAUAUCCAAUCUUUCAUCACCUAAUCUUUUUGUUAUCCUCAUAACCUUACUCUUUCCUGUAUUCACUUUUAAUUUUCUACUUUUGCACACCCUACCAAAUUCAUCCACCAAUCUCUGCAACUUCUCUUCAGAAUCUCCCAAGAGCACAGUGUCAUCAGCAAAGAGCAACUGUCACAACUCCCACUUUAUGUGUGAUUCUUUAUCUUUUAACUCCACGUCUCUUGCCAAGACCCUCGCAUUUAUUAAAUAUGUAUUAUUAUACAUAUUUAAAAACGUACACCAAACCUGUACUGCAUGGUUAGUGCUUUGUAGUAGGUGGCAGACUGCAGCCAAUGUUGUGACAUGCUGUAUGGUGCAUCUUUACGAACUAUGCCCCCCAUGAAGUUUGCCACACAAAUGGCUACUCUUAAUUACCUGCUACACAACAUUGGAAAGAUGGGUAAGCCUGAAGCACAUGUUCAGAUAAUGCAUUUCACUUUUAUAGCCUAUAAUGUUUAUUUAAAAAGUAUGUUUAGCCAUAGCUUUUUCUUCACAUAUACGUAAUUUCUGAUCUCGCCUUGUACGCAUAUGCAAUUCUAAUUUUUUACUGUAUUUUUCCAAAUAAUUCUUAUCCUUAUCUAUCAUUGUCUCCCUAAAUGCUAAGCCACCUUAUAUAUGUUAAGACUGACAUCUCAUCAUAUGACGAUUGCCUACACUUUGCAAGAAAAACUAUUUGUGACUUGGUAUAAUACUGACAUUUAAAUUUUUUUUUUUUUAUCACACUGGCCGAUUCCCACCAAGGCAGGGUGGCCUGAAAAAGAAAAACUUUCACCAUCAUUCACUCCAUCCCUGUCUUGCCAGAAGGGUGCUUUACACUACAGUUUUUAAACUGCAACAUUAACACCCCUCCUUCAGAGUGCAGGCACUGUACUUCCCAUCUCCAGGACUCAAGUCCAGCCUGCCGGUUUCCCUGAACCCCUUCAUAAAUGUUACUUUGCUCACACUCCAACAGCACGUCAAGUAUUAAAAAUCAUUUGUCUCCAUUCACUCCUAUCAAACACACUCACGCAUGCCUGCUGGAAGUCCAAGCCCCUCACACACAAAACCUCCUUUACCUCCUCCCUCCAACCUUUCCUAGGCUGACCCCUACCCCGCCUUCCUUCCACUACAGACUGAUACACUCUUGAAGUCACUGUUUCGCUCCAUUCUCUCUACAUGUCCGAACCAUCUCAACAACCCUUCCUCAGCCCUCUGGACAACAGUUUUGGUAAUCCCACACCUCCUCCUAACUUCCAAACUACGAAUUCUCUGCAUUAUAUUCACACCACACAUUGCCCUCAGACAUGACAUUUAAAAAAAAAAAACUAUAAUUCCAAUUUAUUUUUUAUCUCGAUAUCCAUGCUCACCACAUUUUAUAAACAAAGACUAGGUCACAACUCAGGAGUAUCUCUAGAUA